GUCGGACACGAGCCAACGGCCCAACAGGUUCCAGGAACACAGAAUGUUGCUGAGACGAGCUUUUCUAGGAACCUGGAAGCACAGUCGAUGGAAGAAAAUCUUCCAGCCCUUCACAACCCUUUAUCAACCUCUGCAAGCCACCCGUAAUCUCAUAGUCUCCACUAACAUUUCUGUAGCUGAACUUUGCAAGAUUGGGCAACUUGACAUUGCACGCAAAAUGUUUGAUGAGAUGCCCGAACGAACUGUUGUGUCGUGGAACACCAUGAUUUCUGGUUACUCCAAAUGGGGAAAAUACGAUGAAGCUCUAAGACUAACUUCAAUUAUGCACCACGGCACUAUAAAGCUAAAUGAGACUACUUUUUCCUCUAUACUAAGUGUGUGCGCGCGUUCGAGUUUGGUGUACGAGGGAAAAAUGCUUCAUUGUUUGGUUUUGAAAUGUAGGUCUGAAAGAUUUGAGUUUGUGGGUAGCUCAUUGUUGUACUUCUAUGCGAGCUGUACUGAGAUUGAAGGAGCUAAGAGGGUGUUUGAUGAAUUUCGUGAUGAAAAUGACUUGCUGUGGAGUUUGAUGCUUGUAGGGUAUGUGCAAUGUAACUUAAUGAGUGAAGCUAUGGAAGUUUUUAAAAAUAUGCCAUCCCGAGAUGUUGUGGCAUGGACUACAUUGAUUUCCGGAUUUGUGAGGAGUGAGGAUGGGUGUGAAAAGGCUUUGGAGUUGUUUAGGAGGAUGAGAAGGAGUUGUGAGAUAAUGCCAAAUGAGUUUACUUUGGAUUGCGUUUUAAGGGCUUCUGGGAGAUUGGGUAGCCUAAGCGGAGGGAGGACUGUCCACGGACUUUUGAUAAAAUAUGGAUUUGAGUUUGAUCACUCGAUUGGUGGUGCAUUGAUUGAAUUGUAUUGUGAUUGUGAGGCUAUUGAGGAUGCCAAGAUGGUGUACGAUAGAAUGGGAAAUCCUUGUUUAAAUGCUUCCAAUUCACUUAUUGGGGGACUUAUAUUGAUGGGUAGGCUUAAAGAUGCUGAACUGAUUUUUAAUGGACUGCUUGAAAAGAAUCCAAUCUCAUGUAAUUUGAUGAUUAAAGGUUAUGCAAUGAGUGGCCAAGUCAAGGAAUCGGAGAGGAUUUUUAAUAGAAUGACCCAAAAAACUAUAAUUUCUUUGAAUACUAUGAUUUCUGUGUAUUCCAGGAAGGGUGAACUUGAUAAAGCUUUGAGGCUGUUUGAAGAAAUCAAAGGGGAAAGAAAUCCAGUGACAUGGAAUUCAAUGAUGUCAGGUUAUAUUCAAAAUCAUCACCAUGAAGAGGCUUUCAAACUAUAUGUGACCAUGCACAGAUUAUCAAUAUACUCUACUAGAUCGACAUUCUCUACUCUAUUUCAUGCUUGUACAUGCCUUGGAUCUCUUCAACUAGGACAAUUACUUCAUGCCCACCUGAUCAAAACACCAUUUGAAUCAAAUGCUUAUGUUGGAACUUCUCUUAUAGAUAUGUACUCCAAAUGUGGGAGCAUCCCCGAUGCUCAAAAAUCAUUUAGUGGCAUCUCUUCACCCAAUGUGGCAGCUUGGACAGCUCUUAUUAAUGGGUUUGCACAUCAUGGAAUUGGCUGCAAAGCAAUUUUACUAUUUGAGGAUAUGUUAAAGCAAGGAGUUGUUCCUAAUGGAGCUACCUUUGUGGGGAUUUUGUCUGCGUGUGGUCGUGCUGGUCUAGUUGAUGAAGGGAUGCAAAUUUUCCAUUCAAUGCAAAAAUGUUAUGGAGUAACCCCUGAUUUAGAACACUACGCAUGUAUGGUGGAUCUUCUUGGUCGUUCAGGCCAUCUGCAAGAAGCUCAGGAGUUUAUAAAAAAGAUGCCUAUUGAACCAGAUGGGGUUGUCUGGGCAGCUUUGCUGAGUGCCUGUUGGUUGUGGAUGGACAUAGAGUUGAGUGGAAGAGUGGCUGAGAAAGUGUUCAGUUUGGAUCCUAAGCCAAUAUCUGCUUAUGUUAUUCUGUCUAACAUAUAUUCUAUUUUGGGGAGAUGGGGGGAGAAGUCAAGUGUGAGGAAGAGAUUAAGGGGCUUAGGCAUAAAAAAGGCUCCUGGUUGUAGUUGGAUUGAGCUGGACAGCAGAGUUCAUGUGUUCUUUGUAGAAGAUAGAACCCAUCCUCAUUGCCAUGAUAUUUAUACAACUUUGCAGCAUCUAAAAUCCAAUAGUGGAGGCUGUUUACUUUAAA